AUGGCUCCCCCCACUUCCAUGUGGUCGCUCUCUAGCACCACCUUCUCUCCCCAUUUCGCCAAACUGAAGACCUCGACCUACGCCGACACUGCUCGUCCUACCCCCCUCCACAAUGUCAGAACUCUGGCCUGGAAUGUAACUGGCAAAAAGAUCGCAACUGGUGCCGCCGACCGUACCCUGCGCGUGUGGGAUCCCGAACGUCCCAAGACCCAGGACUCCACCGAGCUGAGAGGCCACCAGGGUCCAAUCGAGCGCGUAGCUUUCAGCCCCGCCUCCGACACGGAACUCGCGACCUGCAGUGCGGAUGGAUUACUACGAAUCUGGGACUUGAGAAAAAACACUCCCGCUGUCGUUAGCGACUUGAAGCUCCGCGGUGAACCAUUUACGCUGGCGUGGAAGCCCAACGGUGAUGAUCUUCUCGUUGGAAUGAAGAACGAUACCUUUGCCGUUGUAUCACGAAGCACAACAAAGGUGGUAGCUACUCACAAGCAGGACGUGCAGUCGAACCAGACCGUCUUUGGCUGGGCUGGAAAGCACAUCUUCGUCACCACGGGCGAUGGUCGGGUGAAGAUUAUGCGCUACCCCUCAUUCGAAUUGAUUCACGAGCUCAAUGCUCACACCUCAUCCUGCUACACGCUUUGCAUGUCGCCAACUGGCAAGUAUCUCGCAGUUGGCGGGGGCGACGCCUUGAUAUCUCUUUGGGAUACCGAAGAAUGGAUCUGUGUCCGCACGUUUGACGACAUGACGGGCCCGGUCCGCAGCGUGGACUUCUCUUUCGACGGUAGCUUCGUGGUUGGUGGAUCUGACGAAGGGAACCGACUCUCCAUUGCCCACACCGAGACCGGAGAAUAUGUGCAUCACAUCGAUACCACCCACCCAGCGCCCUGCGUCCAAUGGCACCCGAACCGAUAUGCACUGGCUUACUCUGCCGACACCCAAGGACUAAAGAUCGUCGGAGGAAUUACCCCUUCCUAG